CUCUACUUCAUCCUGCACAAGGCUCUGGAAGACUUGGACAUCCUGAACCACGUGUACGCGGAGCACCUGUCUAAGUGUUGCAAGAAUAAAUUCCUGGGCAUCGUGCUGCUGUGCGUGUUCGUGCAGAGGAGCAAAAUCGACGGGGGGGGGAAGUUAAAAAGGGAAAUACUGAAAAGGCAGAAGGAGAUUCUCCACCUCUACGACUGUUUGAAGCAGAAAAAGGAGAGUAAAAAUGAAACUCAAAAAAAAAAACAGCUAGCCAAAUAUUUUAUCAUAUAUGACCAGGACAAAAACAGCGACUCCUUGAACAAACUAAAGGAACUCCUUCCCCUGGAGGAGGACGAGGAUGUAGAAGAUCUCUACAAAAUCGAAAGUGAUAAGUUAAGCACUCUCAUUGCUACCCCCAUGUAUCAGCAGCACAAUGUGAGAAUAAUCGAUAAGACAUCCUGCCUAGUUGUGCAAGCGGGAAAUAUCAAACAGGGAAUGGUCAUCGUGGAUGUCUGCUCAGCACCGGGAAGCAAAGCCAUAUAUACCCUCACGCUGCUAAAGGAGAAGGGUUACCUUGUGUGCAUCGAGAAGGAUAAAAAAAGGUGCAUCACUCUACUACAGGAGAUCAUGAAGCAGAAUCGGGAGUACGACGGUAUCUACUUGGAUGAAAAAUUCUCGGAGGAAAAUAAAUUAACCCUAACGGAAAAGAAUUUUUUUGCUAAGCAUAGAGGUACGAGUUCUUACUAUAUAAAACACCGACGUAGCGAGAUGGUCGUCAAGGUUUUUAAUGUGGAUUUUUUCGAGUUAAAUGCUGAUCAGUUUUCGUCGCUCGGGAAGGUGGACGUGGUGUUCGUUGACCCCUCCUGUUCGUCUAGCGGCAUGCCGGACUUUGCGCACAAGGAGAGCAUGCGCCGGGUGUUCCUCCCCGGGGGGGAAGACUCCAAAGGUGGGCGGCACAGGGAAGGAGGUGCCAAAGGUGGGCGGCACAGUGAAGGAGGUGCCAAAGGUGGGCGGCACAGUGAAGGAGGUACCAAAGGUGGGCGGCACAGUGAAGGAGGUGCCAAAGGUGGGCAGCACAGCGAGGGGGGCACCGAAGGUAGGCGGCACAGCGAGGGGGGAGACCUCCCUCCGGACGAGCCAACCCCGACUCGCGACUUCUACGAUGACGUGGCGGAGGGAAGAAUACCAAAGGCCCCCCCGCCGUUUCAAGACAAAGUGGACAGACUAGCCGAGUUUCAAAAAAAAAUUUUAAACCACGCACUGGCCACGCUGAAGACAGCCGACACGUUUGUAUAUUCUACGUGUUCCUUCUUUGAAGAAGAGAAUGAGAAGGUUGUCGAGUCUGUGUUGCAGUCGAAUCCGGGGUUUCGUUUAGAGAAGGCAGGCAAGGAGAAGUUUCUGUUUAAUCGCGGGGGGUCAGUCGUCUCGAGCCAGUGCGUGCGCACCUUCCCAGACCUGCAUGCUUGCAGGGGGAUUUUCGUCUCGAAGUUGCGUCGGCAUGAUA